UUUCGUUUUCUUUAUUCGUAAUUUGAUUUUGGAUAAAAUCUAAACAAACCAAAAUUAGAAUGCCAUGGUCUCAAAUUCAUGGCCAAUAAUCAUAAUAAGAAAAUGUUUACAAUCAAGAAUUCAAUUAACAUUGAUAGCAAUUGUUGCCGAUCAAUUGAUUGUUGAUCAUCAUGCCGAUGCUUAUCAUAAUGAAACAAUUUCGAAACAUUUUUCUUCGAAACAUGGCUGGAUUGAACAAAUAAUUCUUCGGUUGAUGAAACCAUUCAUAUCAUGGGAUGGUCAAUAUUUUCUAACUAUUGCCAUGAAUGGCCAUUAUAUUGAUGAACAAAUGUUGGCAUUUUUUCCAUUAUAUCCAUUGUUGAUUAGAAAUUUUGCUACAAUAUUAUCGUUAAUAACAUUACCAAUCAUUCAAUUUCAUUGGAUUACAUUGAUUAUUAUUUCAGCCUAUCUAAUCAAUUUGAUUUGUUUUUGUUUAUCAUCAUGUUUACUAUAUGAAUUAAGUCGACAUUUUUUUAUCAAUCAUGAUGAUAAUGACAAUAUUCAUAAUGAUAUUAUGAAUAUUGUUGAAUUAUUCAUCUAUAAUCCAGCAUCAAUAUUUUUUACAGCCUGUUAUACAGAAUCAUUAUUUACAUCAUUAACAUUGGCUGCACUUUAUUGUUUAUAUAUUGGCCAAAAUUCCUUAUUGGCAUCGUUAUUAUUUGCAUUCAGUACAUUGACAAGAUCAAAUGGAAUCUUAUCAAUUGGUUACAUCAUAUUCUAUCAAAUUUGUUUGAUUUGGAUUGAAUUUGAAUAUAAAAAUCGAAAAUUUCAACAAAAUAUUUCGACAAAAAUUUUUGUGAUAUUGAAGAAUUUAUUUAAAACUUUCGUUUUAAUGAUAAUAAUCAUUGUGCCAUUUUUACUUUACCAAUAUUAUGCUUAUAAAUUAUUCUGUAAUAAUGAUUUAAUCACUGAAAAAAUUUCACCAAAUUGGUGUUAUAAUUCAACAUUCAUCAUUCCAUUAUCAUAUCAAGCAAUACAGGCAAAAUAUUGGAAUAUCGGUUUUUUACGAUAUUAUCAAUGGAAACAAUUACCAAAUUUUCUUAUUGCCAUUCCAAUUCUUACCAUUAUUCUUUAUUCAUCAUAUGAAUAUUUUUAUACAAAUUUUCAAUUUAUUCAAUCAAUAUUUCGUAUCGAUAAAUAUCAUCAGAAUAUUGAUAUAAUGAAAACAAAAUCAUGUUUACCAUUUGUUAUACAUUCACUAUGUUUAACAAUAUUCUGUAUAUUAUUCAUGCAUAUACAAGUUGCUAAUCGUUUUCUAUUAUCAUCAAAUCCAUGGCCAUAUUGGGCAAUAUUUCAUUUGGAAAAUCGACAAAAAAAUCGAUUUUUAUCAUCAAAAUUACAAAUUACAAAAUAUCAUUUAAAAAUUUCAUAUCGUCAGUUAUGGUUUUUUAGUUAUUUUAUUCUUGGUACCGUUAUGUUUGCAAAUUUUUUACCAUUCACAUAAUGAUUACACAGUGGAUCACAUUGUUAAAAAAAAAAUUUUAUUUAUUCGAAAGAAAACAAAAAUUAUUUAAAUUCUAUACAAAAAAAAAAU